CUCAGAGAGUCUGGAGCUCAUUGCAUUGAAAUCAAAGCAAAGAAGCGGUAUUUUAUUUCAUCGCUCGAUAUUGCCCGUGGUUAUAGAAAACUUCGGCAUUUAUUCAGAUUGAUUGGCCGUAGUUCGUCGAGAAGAAGCUAAAGAACCGGAUCACAUCUCAAAAAAAGCCCAGCGAGGAUAUUACUAACACCAGCUGCUUGCACGGUGCAGUUUGCACGUAGCGAGACGUUCCAUCUCAGAAGCAUCUUCUUGAUUCAGAUAUAUUUUUUUCUUUCAUUCAGCAUGUUUAUGACAUGUGACUCAGAUGCAGCUGUGUUUAUUUUAAAUGCGUCGCUAACAAGCACGUUUUGCCUUCGUCGCGAGUGUAAAAGGCUGAAGCCCGCCGUUCUGCUGAUUUUAGCCUUGAGUGAUUGGUGCGCGGUUGUUUUUGGAUCUUUUUCUCGACUUUCUGGCGAGAAAGACCUGUGGUUUAUUACCUCUUGCCUCUGUGAACAACCUCAAGUUCUGCUGCAGACAGGCAUUUUUGUGCUGAACGUAGCCGUCCUUCUACUUAACAAUGAGCUCACAGAAGCGGGGCACAUCCUUAAACGCAGUUCGUACGUUCAUCUCUUACUCUUCAAUGCGGCUUCGUUUAUUCUGGCAAAUGCAGUGACACACGUUGGCGCGCAAGCUAUUGGAGAUGUCGAGGGAGCCCUGGAGACGAGUUAUGUGUCAAGUACAGUGUUUCUCCUUGGCGUCUAUAGAACAGUAUUCCUAUCACUGGACUCGCUAUAUUUUGCCUACGUGAACAUCGGAGACAACAAUGACAUAUCCAUGGACAAAUUAAGACUCAGAGAAAAGACAGUAAUAACAAUUGUCUAAGAUCGAUGAAGGUUGUUCCAGGCGUUGAGAAUGAAGAGGAAAUAAAAAGAAAUACAGUGUACGAGAAUGGGAAAGGCGCUACGCUGCCUUUGAGCUGUUAGUUAUAAGAGGUAGUUGGGCGCUGUAUAGAGAGUCGCAGGUGGAUGCUUAUGGUAAAAGAUGCAAAAUACAGUGGUAUAAGCAGCAA